AUGAAUCCCGAAAUCAAAGAAAUUUUUAUCAAUACAUUAAACCCAGAUAUUAACAUUAGAACAAAAUCUGAGGUAAGAUUAGCACAACUACAAAAAGAUUAUAAAUUUCUUACGUCCUUACCAACCACUUUAAUGAAGGAUUCUAACAUAAUUGUAAAAAAAACAUCUUCUAUUUAUUUUAAGAGUUCAGUAAUAAGUGAGUGGUCAAAUCAAGAAUUUGAAUCAUCUAAAAACUUUAUUAUUAGUAAUCUUAUUGAUUUUUAUAUUUCAGCAGAUGAAAUUAAUAAUGUUUCUUACAAUAAGAUCUUAGUACAUUUUUUUGAUUAUGAGUCGCCCCAGGUUGUACAAGAAUUUCUUUCUAAAGUUUCUGAUAUGAUUAAGUCGAAUGAAUUAUUACGCUUUUCUAUUGCUUUAAAUAUAAUAGGACAUAUUUUUUAUGGCAAAAAAAUUAUUUAUAAUCUAGAAGACAUUUUAAAUUUAAUUUACGAAAAAUCUGGCGAAGAAUUAGUUUCCACUUUAUAUCCAUUUGUUUCUAAAAAUGAUUUUAAAACAGCAAAAGAAAUUAUGAAAUUUAUUUCGAAAUCUUAUAACUAUUAUUCUGUUCCAAAUUUUUUACAGCGAUUAGAUGUUUUUUCUUAUGUCAUUAAUUUUAGUACUGAAAUCUUAAAGAUGCAAAAUAAUUCCGAUAAAUACUUUAUGAAAAUGAAAAAGUGGGUUUCACAUUUUCUUUAUAAAGCAUGUAAUAAAGGCAUUAAAAAGUUUUAUAAAAAUGAAAAGCUUUCAAAAUUUAUUACAGAACCACAAAGAUUUACGUAUAUUUAUGAAGUGUUUUUGGCGCAAUUAAUGGUAGAUAAUCUCGGUUACAAAUCUGAACCUAUUGAAUUAAAUACAGUAUGUUUUUUGACCCUUUGUGCAUCAGAUAAAGAUACUUAUAAAUAUAUGAGUAAAGAUCUUAUUUUUAUUAUUACAGAAUAUAUUUUGGCUGUACAUGAAUUUGAUGAUAAUGAAGAAAAUUGUUUCGAAAAUGACCCAGAAAGGUAUAUAAGACAAAAAUAUCAUUACCUUGAAUGUGAUCUUAGAAAUGAAUGCGGUUCACUUUUUAGUGAAAUUAUAAAAUCUUUAAAACAUAAUGGUGCAGCGAUGGAUUGGCUUUUUCAGUUUUUUAUUCAUAUUUUGGAAGAUGCAAAAAAUAAUCCUACAGAAAAAAAUCAUAAAAGAAGCUAUGGAGUUUAUUUUUUAAUGAGUCAUGUUUCUCAUACAUUAUUUAAAGCAUCAAAAGCAUUAUUUGAAAAUAUUUUAUUUAAUUAUGUUUUUUAUGAUUUAAAGUAUGGCAUUCCUAUUUUAAAAUCGCAGGCCUGUUAUUUUUUGUCAUCUGUAGAAGAAAAAGUAACUUUAAAUCAGAAUGUUUUAGAUGCAAUAUCUAAUGUUAUGACAAUAGUCAGAGGAAGGCAUCCUAUAUUGAGUGUAGACUCAACAUUGGCAAUGAAUUUUUUUAUUAGCAAUAAAGAAUUGGCAAAUUAUGUCAUAAAUUAUAUAGGUGAACUUGUCGAAAGUAUAUUAACGUUAAGUAAAAGUUAUGACAUUGAGCCUUUGACAUAUCUUUUAGAUAAUAUUAUGCAGUCCUUUACAGACGAAGUAACUUUUUUUGCACCAAAAUUGGUUAGUUCGAUGGGUAAUCUUAUAAAAUCACAUUUAGCUGAUGAACAGACGGAAUCGGAAAAUAGAAUUAUGGUAAUUUCAGGAUUUUUUCGUAAUGUAGAAACUGUUAUUAGUACAGAAAAUCUUCCUGCCCAGUUAACAUUUGAUUUGUUUAAAAAUUUUUACGAUGUUUUAGAGCUCGUUUUACUUGAAAAUCAAGAAGAUUAUUAUCAGGAAGUAUUAGACAUCAUUAAUUGCUUUUUUUAUUCUAUUACUACUUUUGAUGAUUCUAUGGAAAAGUUGUUGUGUUUAAUUCUUAAUCUUGAUACUAAAGAUAUUAUUUUGCCGUAUUCUCAAGAAAUAUCAGAAAUUAUUGAUAAUGCAAUUUGUAAUGGCAAGGAAAAGUUACUAAACCAAUUUUUUAUUGAUAAAUUUUUUACAAUUUUUGUAAAUCUUUGUGUUGCAGAUGAAGAAGGUUAUAUUUAUGAUGAAAGUUUUAUAACGGGCUGUAAAAUUAUUGAAUCUUUGUUACUAAACAUUGGAGAACAAUUCUUUACGGCAUUUCCUGAUAAAUUGGCUGCAAUUCUUGAAUUAGUAACUGAAAAUCUAACAAAAUUAGAUGAAAGUACUUCUGCUAUUAUUUUUGGAAUAGAAUUGAUAAUGAAUUGUUUUGUUAUAAGACCGUUUGAUACAUAUAAUAUUCUUAAGCUAAGAAAUUUUGAUGAAAUGUUUUUCUUUUUAAUGUGCGACAAAAGGAAACAAUUCAAAAGAGUACACGAUAAAAAAAUUGUGAUUAGAUUUUUAGGUAAACUUUUUAGUAUCCCACAGUCUGAUAUUCAAAUAAGAUGCGACAUUAAACAAAUUUCUAACUGCUUUUUUACAGUCUUUUGCAGCCUUCCUGAUGCUAUUGAUGCAAGAAAUAAACUUAUGGCUAAAAGUGAUAAAGAAGAAGACAAUGAAUUGGAUGAAGAAUAUACAGAUGGUGAAUAUUCAGAAGAAUAUAAUGACUUAAAAGACGAUUUUUAUUUGGAAGAAGAUAUUUAUUUUUCUUCUGUUUUAGAUUAUUGGGAUCCAUAUGCUUAUAUUGAUAACAUUUUUAAAUCUUCUUCUUUUAACACUAGUAUUUGUGCUCUUGUAAUUUCGAAUAUGUCCUCUGAAAAAAAAAGUGCUAUCAAAAAUGUGUUUGAAAAUAGGUCAAGAGUACAACAAAGAGUUAAAGAAUAA